AUGGGCCGUCUCCUUCGCGGACGGCGCCUGGAGCUACGACGACCUCGGCUCGGCGUGGCGGAUGAGGAGCUUCGCGCCGAUGGCGGGAUUGCCGCGUCGGACGUGGGCAGCUCCGGCGGUCACGAGCCUACGGGCAUCGAGACCCAGACUACUCCGGGUGCAGCAGCCCAGAGGAAGCGGAAAGCAUAUCAGCAAUAUAUCUUUCUGCGCGAUCAGGAUCUGGGCAUUUAUGCUGAUCCGUCCGAGAUUCCCUUCCGUCGCCCUGACGGCUCUACUCGAGCUGUGGUGCGACGUCCGGAGACGGCUCCUUUUCAGGCUGUGGAAGAGCAAUCAGAAGUGAUCGUGAUUGACGAGCAGGAAUCGGAGGAAGGCGAAGACAGCUGCUCCAUCACUUCCACCCGCUCCUUCGUCAUCGAGCUCUUCAAUUCCGAAGCUUUCACCGACUCCAAAACCUUCGUUGUGACAGAAGCUCCUCGCGUUAUCGACUUCCGUUCCCUUCAGACAGAGGUGCUGGACUUUGAGGGCGUUAAGGUGAAGCUUACUGAGCCGGCAUUUGAGAAAUUCUCUUUCGCCUUGAGCUUGGAUUUUCACGGAGUGUUGGAUCGCUAUCACAACAAGUCGACGAGCUGGACGGAUCCAAGGCCUGAGUUUCCUUCGGAGUGUUUGACCGCCUUGCGCGAUCUUCAUUCGUUGGUUCGGCGCUACGGGGGUUUAUUCUUCGUUUGCAGUUAUUGUCACCACGAGGAUACCAAGAAGCACGUGGUUGAGACAACAGUGAACUCGUGUGAUACCUUGUUCACUCAGAUCGGGGAAACGCCUCUUUGCCUUAUCUUCAUUACGAGGAAGGCCACGGGCCCGUUGGGGAAACGAUCAGUGCUAGAGAAACUCUCAAAGGAGAUUGGUUUCCCCAUUAUUCACGUCGACGACUCCGCAGACGUCUGCGACGAACUGGCGGGUUCCCAGCACGUGGUUCCUCUGCAUAUUGCUAUUCCGAAGAGAUCCAGAGGAGGUCGUGGGCAGCGCACUAUUUUCCCGAGUGCUCCCGUGCCUUCCUUUGACAGCUUUCCGGAGUGUGCUGGAGCUAUCAGGGGCCAAGUGCAGAAGUGGUUCCCAGACGCCUAA